UCUCCACAACAACACUCAAACACAUAUCCCAUUACUUGUUACCUACAAAGAGCUAUAAUUAAUCCCUAAACCCUUCACUCGCAAUGGGCUCCUCCUCCACCAGCAGCGCCGGCCUCAGUACUCUCCUCUUCAUUCCUUGCCUCCUCCUCCUUGCCGCGGCCCUCGCGGACGCCGCAACAUUCACGGUGACCAACCAGUGCUCGUUCACGGUGUGGGCGGCAGCGGUCGCAGGCGGCGGCCAAAAGCUGGACAGCGGCGGCCAGAAGCUGGACCCGGGCGCCACCUGGACCGUCACCGCCAAUCCCGGCACGACCGGCGGCCGCAUCUGGGCCCGCACCGACUGCUCCUUUGACGCCAGCGGCAAGGGCCACUGCAAGACGGGCGAUUGCGGGGGCGUGCUGGCCUGCACCGCCUAUGGCGUACCCCCUAACACCCUCGCGGAGUUCGGCCUCAACCAGUUCAGCGGCCUCGACUUCUUCGACAUCUCCCUCGUCGACGGCUUCAACGUGCCGAUGAACUUCCUGCCCGACUCCGGCAGCUGCACCAAGGGGCCGCACUGCGCCGCCAACGUGGCGGCCCAGUGCCCCAGCCAGCUGCAGGCGCCCGGCGGCUGCCACAACCCCUGCACGGUCUUCAAGACGGACCAGUACUGCUGCAACUCCGGCAGCUGCGGCCCCACGGAUUACUCCAGGUUCUUCAAGAAUCUGUGCCCCGAGGCCUACAGCUAUCCCAAGGACGAUGCCACCAGCACCUUCACCUGCCCUUCGGGGACCAACUACAAGGUCGUCUUCUGCCCACACUGAGAGGGUUACGUACGUACGUACGUACGAACGUACCCAUGGAUGCAUGCAAUGCAUGGGGCGCGCACUACGUGCUACGUGGGUUCCAUAUAUACAUAUAUAUAUAUAUAUAUAUAUAUAUAUAUAUAUAUAUAUACAUAAAGGGGUGCGGAUCAUGAUUCAUGACACGCACUGAUGAGCUAGCUCGCUGAUAGCUUGGUCAGUUUGCUUGGAUAUAUGCUAUGGAAUAAACCGCGCGUGAAAUAAAUAAAUUAGAUAAUACUUAUGGUUAUUUCGUGCAUGAAUAUAUAAUUCUAUAUACAUAGUA